GUACACAGCGCCUUGUCCCUGUCGGCGAUAAAGCCAGCAUGGCAACCAAUAAGACGGGGGACGUGGUCCUCGUGGGUGAGAGGGUAGAUAAGCGGCUCUGGAGGCCAGUGGGUAAAGUGAGGUCGUCUUCCCGUUUCAUCCAGAGAGCGGUGUACAGUGGAUGGGUGAGGGAGCAUCGAUGGUGUUGAGGCGUGAGCGGGCGUGCGUUCGCGGAAUCGGGACGGCCGGGGGACGUGCGCACCACCACCAGCAAGGGAUGGCAGGCUGAAGACGCAGAAUCAGAUAGGAUAAACAAACCAACAUUGAUAAUAAUGUCAUCAAUAACAACGCCAAAACAAACACCACUCUCGUCUCGUCGCCCGAUCCUUCCAAUCAUUCGACGUCUUGGCGUGGCCGGAACCACUCAUCCCAUACAUAUGGGCCUUUUCAGCUCCCCUUCAGUGUACAUUCAUGUCGUGUGCAACCUCAAGCACCUCCAUGCAUCUUGUACACUGGCGACCGCAACUUACCGUCCUACACACACCCUCCACCUCAUCCCAACUGUGGCACACCCACAAGACGUGAGUAGAGGAUACAAAUUGCUGUGCGUUUGCUCUCCCUGCAAUACCUACAUCUUGAUGUUCCAGGCCGCCCCAGGUCGGCAGAUGGGAAUACCCAGAUGCUGUACCCACAAACCUUUACAGUUGGUAAACGUGUGAUGCACUGUAUCCUAUAAUAACCUUUGCCUUGCCCGACUGAUAUCCGCGGUUGAUGCGAAAGCUCUGCGAACAAGCGUUGGCCGGCACUCGCUCCACGCCACACCUUCACAACCUUCACGCCAUUGUCGACGCCGUUCGAGCCGAAAUGCCGUGAAUCUGCAGGAUAUGAAUGUACAAAUAAGACAAGGGUGAUUUUCCAAUAUUCAGACCCGAAUCUUGGCCCCGUGGUUAUGGUCUCAACUUUCCACACUCAAAUAACAAUUGUCAUUGCAAUCAAGGAUCCACCCCAUGCAUAGUGUUGCAAGAGCAGCUGUUGGCCAUCUUCAACAUGGUGAAAUAGGUGACGGGCACACGCAACAUCAUCCAAUAUAAAGCCUCACAUGCAGCCAGGAACGCCAUGCCCAAAGACCAUGAAUUGUUCAUAUUCGCAUUGCUUAAUCCUAACGCACGCUCGCUC